AUGCUGAGCCGUGUGAACACUACUUGGAUGGUACGUAUACCGCGCGAUCAGGCAUGGAAAGCCACUCCUCGGAGAAGAAAAAAGCGGCGAGGCUUGCAAGAGGCGGUACGGCAUCGUCGUGUCACAUCACAGCAGCAAGGUGGACCGCUGUCCGCCUCGGCUCUGCGUCCUGGCGAGAUCACAAGGCACCCUCGAUUUCGACGAACGUCAGCCAGUCCGGCUUCUGUCUGCGAGGCCACUACCGCGCAUAAUAUUCCGACCAUGGUGCGUCAAGAGGUGUUGCUGCUCGACAUCGCCCCCGACGCAAACCUCAUCAAGCAGUACAUCGACCACCACGCACCCGGCAACGUUCCGCCAGCCAUCGUCGACUCGAUCCGCUACCCGGGCUCUGGCGUGCUCAACAUGCGCAUCUUCCACUUUGCCGAUCGGCUCGUCAUGAUCAUGGACGUCGAGGAUGACUUUUCGUUCGAAAAGAAAGCGGCGAGCGACGGCGGCAACCCAGACGUCGAUCGAUGGGAGACGUUGAUGGAAAACUUUCAGAGGGAGAUCAAGGAUCCGGAGGGAAAGCAGACGGGCAAAUGGAAGCGAGCUGAAUUGUGUUUUGACCUCAGUCAACAUUGA